AAAUAGAAGAAAAAGGGGAAAAGAAAGAAAGGGAAAAGAGAGAAGAAGGGGAAUCGGGGAAGAAGGGAAGAAAAGGGAGAAGAGCGCGCCGUCACUGCACCUUGCCCACCUACCGCCGCCGUUCCGUGGAGCCGCCGCCAUCGUCGCGCGAACCGGAGGGUGUGGAGACGGAGAAGAGUGCGCGCGAGAGAGGAGAAGUAGCCACCGUCGUCGAGGACUCCAUCACCGCCGCUGAAGAUCCUGACCGUCAAGCUCGUCGUCGCCGUUACACCUCCCAUCACUGCCGCCACUGAAGAGCUCGAAGAGAGAGAAACAUGAGGGAGGAGGAGGUUGCCUCUGUUGCUGCCAAGCCUUCGCUGGCGGGGUUGGGUUCGCCGUCGCUGUUGAGCUGUGCGCCGCCGUUGGUGUCUUGAUCGCCACUCUAUUUCUGCUGCAACUCGCCACUGUCCUGAUUCUUGAAAUGGACACCUAUAGAUACCACAGGCACUCUAUGUCUGAUCCUGGCAGCACAUACCGUACAUGUGACGAGAUUUCCAAUGUGAGACAGAAGCGUGAUCCAAUUGAGAGAGUGAGGAAGCUAUUAUUGGCUCAUGGCAUUGCUUCUGAGAAGGAGCUGAAGGACAUUGAGAAACAAGUCAGAAAAGAUGUCGAUGAUGCCAUCGCUAAAGCAAAGGAAAACCAUGCUGGAGGGGAAAUCAAACUUAAGGUCAAAUUUUUAAGAGAAAAUUUUAGAGAGGAUGAACUUGUGGACAUGAUGAUAAAUAUAUUUGCUACUUAGCUAUUUCAACUCUUUUUUGUUAUUGUAUUUUUUGUAAAAUUAGAUGAUAUAAUUCGAGGUUGUCAUGACUUAGGCUAUAGUAUUAUGGUACUUUGAAAAAUGAUGAUGAUAUAAAUACAAAUAGUUAUGACCUAGAUUAGUAUUAUGUUAUUUUGCAAUAAUGAUCUAAUGUGAUUGUAGAUUUUACAACAAUUUUUAUAAAUCAAAUUAGAUGGGAAAUGUUCAAUUA